AUGGAACCAACACCUCCAGCAACAGGACAGCUGCUGAAAAGCCCUCUGGCCUCAAUUCCGUUAUUGCAAGCACCUCCAGCGACGCUUCCGCCGUCACCAAUACCUCCAGCAGCAGCUACAUCAUCACAAGCACCUCCAACAGCAGUUUCAUCAUCACAAGCCCCUUCAGCAACAGUUCCAUCUACGUGCUUUCGUCCACUAGUCAAUGUCCCCACAGCCUCUCAUCCUGACGGUCAGAAUCUCAAACGCUACGGACACAGAGCACCGACAUUCCAAGUGUGGUACGAAAUGUACUUGGGGAACCAGUUAUCUGACGAGAUUAUCGGUGCUCUUUUAUACCUGAGUCCCGAUGAGGUCGAAGAGCUGAAAUCAUACAUUCGCGAGAUGCUGAGACUCCCUGUUCGCCCCUUGUUGUUGAGAACGUUCGAUAUUCACUAUCCGUAUGAAGCACCGAGCCAAGAGCUCAUAUACAAGCAGGGAGAUACCCUACUCAGGUGGCAUGUCUUAGCUGGCAGAGCGGGCAUUCUCCUUCGCUCGUGUGUCGUCUUCGAGGUCAGUUUCAAAUACCCACACCUCUUCAGAGAACCUGCAUCGGUCGAAGACUUCGAGAAAGAAUGGUGGCCGGACAACUACCACUACUACACGCUAGUACCUUAUACAUAUCGCCGAGAGAUUCUGGUCAGACUGAUUGAAGCUUGUGCCGAGGACAUGAAGAAGAACAAGAACCUGCGUAUCCUCAGUACCGAUCCCACGCCUUACAGAAAGAGACCUGCAUCCAGUCUCGAGAACGACGAUGCCUCCACCAAACGAGCUCGUAUAGACGUGGCACCAAUCGGCAACCUGAGUUUCGGGUAUCAUGGUCUCACGAUCCGAAAGGCAAGCAGGUAG